AAACAAUGAGCUAUAAAAACCGAAGACACACUUCGAGUUCAGCAGCACAAAUCAACUUGUGAUCCAAGCAGCAACAAGCCAAUCUCCUCAAGAUGAAAUUCCUGAUCCUUGCCGCCGCCUUCUUGGCCUGCGCCUACGCUGAUGUCUCGGAGCUGGGAGCCGCCGGCUACGAUUAUCCCCAGCCUGCCCCACCGGCGCCUGUGAAGUCCUACAUCCCCCCUCCACCACCACCACCCCCACCGGCACCCAAGAACACCUACAUCCCCCCACCAGCGGCUCCCGCCAAGGCCUACAUCCCUCCCCCACCACCACCACCACCACCAGCACCCAAGAACACCUACAUCCCCCCAGCACCCGCCCCGGCUCCUGUUGAGACCUACAUCCCGCCUGCAGCCCCCGCCCCAGCUUACAUCCCACCUGCCCCUGUCCAGGCCGAGGAGCCCAUCAUCGAGGAGAUCGAGCAGCCCGCCCAGGACGGAUACCGCUACAAGACCGUCCGUCGUCGCGUGUUCCGUCACCGCAACUAGGUCACAAAAACCCAUAUUUUGUUGACUAAUGUGAUAGGCCACAGCAAAUAGUGAUUUGCUGCGGAAUCUGUUAAUACUUUGUUUGAAGAUGCAACAUUUUGUUGAUUUAUCUUCACUUCGGUGAAGAUGAAGAGUAGUAAAUAAAUGAUGAAAAGCUAA